UUGAAUGGAAUUCCUUGUCAAUUUGCGGGCGCCUGAAUGUCUAGUCGAUCUGCGCAUGUCUGAAAAUUCUUUUUGGAUUGUUACAUGUGAUUGUUCGGAUCGAGAUCAUAAAAGUUGGCCUUUGAAAUCGAUAAUUUUUUAUGCAGUCGUUGCAAUCACGAUUGCCCGUACGUGAAGUCUACGUCAUUUUCCACGUGACGUGAUAUAUUCAGUGGAUAAUAAUAAUAUUUCGCAAAAUCAGAAACAGACGCCAGAAUAUCUACGACUGUAGUUCACAAGGAUAGUAAAAUCGAACGAUAUUUUAAUUUCUACGAGUUUAGUAAGAAGAAUUCUGAUUUUUAAUCGCGAAAUGGAGGAAAUUGCGGCGGCACUGCGUGAACUGGUGCAGACAAAUCGACAAAUUGUGCAACAGAAUCAAUUAAUUGUGGAAAAAUUAAGUGGAAUUCAGACCGACUUGGCAAGUGAUAGAGAGGAGCGCCUCGCAAGGAAGCAAUUUAAGGCCAAGGCAUUCAGAGAAAUGGAUAUCCAGUACAUUAUGAAGCACAAGAGCGUGGGUGCUGCAAAAGCUGCUGAAAGAUUAGAGGAGCAUGGGUACGACGUUGCCAAGGCCGUCAGAAGAUGGGGAGGACACAGUGAAGUCGGAUUAGAACGUGUUCUUAUACAUUACGAAAAGAAGAAGAAUCGAGCAGCCAUUGAAAUGUGGUGAAAGUUUUUUUACACCGAGAACUUCGGAAAUUUUCAAUGUUCCAUGUGCCUCUGUAAUAUUUCAAUUUUCCAAAACUAAUUAAGAUUAACGGUCUCUAAACAAUCAUAACUAUACGCUCACUGGAUUUAGCUGCAAUAUUUUUUUAUAUCUCAAUUGAGCCGAUCAGUUCAGGGGAAAAUAAAUGUGAACACAAGUCUUCUAAUCCAUA